CUGUAUUGUAACGAUAUUACCACUAUUUGUAGUCAGCACAAUUUACGCAGAUUACAGUCGAACGCAGUUAUAUAAAGCUAAACUUGCACGGGACGAAAAUGUAUCCGAUUUUUCCUAAAGGAAUUGCCAUGGGUAUUUUCCCUGCACUUGGAUUCGCCUUUGGAUGGUACCUAGACAGGAAAGAAACAGAAAGACUUACGAUCUUCCGCGAUAAAAGCGCUCUUUAUGGCAGGGUGCUCAAAGAAGGUGAGGCACCAAGCUGGCCUUAAAUACAGUUAAAAUUGUAGAGUUAUUUGGUAAUAUAUUAUGAGUUU